UGUUCCUCCAAAAGAGGUCCUUAAAAACCCUAGGUUUCAAUUUCUUUAGUGAAUCCCCAUUUUCGCGCCGCCGAUCCGAAGAAACCCUGAUUUCAAGAGACCAUCGCCGGCGCAUAGAGAUGACGUCGGCGACUGUGAUGUCGGAAACAGAUCAUGAGAUGGGAGAAGAGAUUAAGAAACCAAUUUUUAGGGAUAUUAGGCGGUAUUAUUGCGAAUAUUGUGGAAUCUGCAGAUCGAAGAAGUCUCUCAUCAGAUCUCACGUUCUUACUUAUCAUAAGGAUCAAAUUAAGCAGGCAGAGGCUGAUGACAACAAUUCUGAAACAAACAAGGGCAAGAAGGUGUGGUACACUUGUAAAGAAUGUGAUGCAAGUUUUAGGAAGCCAGCUUACCUGAAACAACACAUGCAGGGUCACUCUCUCGAGGUUAUAGGUUUUUGAGUGACUACGUUGGUGUUCAAACACCUUUGAUAAAGCGUGAAGCAUUGGAUCCCAUACAAAGAACUCCAAAAUGCAAGAGGCAGGUAUUUAUUUUCUUGAAUGGACUAGUAUCAGGUGGGGGACCUCCUGAGAAGCUCCAUCAAGACAGCCUCAAUUCACGCCAUAUCAUCCUAUAAGUGAUUCAUAUACAGGGAUGUUAUAUAUAGUUUCGUGCAUUGAGAGUGGAUUGGUGGAUUUGCAUGACUGGAAACUCUUGAAAUAUGUAUUUUUACGCCGUACAAGAACAAUGAAUGUAUGUAUGUUGCUUGCUGAGAUAUAAUGAAUUUAAGCAAUAAAUUAAACAGCCACAUUACUCUUUAAAGCUACAUAUCGAAUGGUGGGAAUGGUUUUGCAGGAAGGUAUUAUGUUGGUGCUCAAAAGCACCUUGGAUAAAGCGUGAAGCAUUGGAUCCCAUAUAAAGAACUCCAAAAUGCGAGAGGCAGGUGUUUCUUUUCUUGAAUGGACCAGUAUCAGGUGGGGGACCUCCUGAGAAGCUCCAUCAAGACAGCCUCAAUUCACGCCAUAUCUUCCUAUGAGGAAUCUGUUGGAAAAGCUGAAGAGAGUAGUUAUACUGAAAUCGAGUUUAUCUACACUUGUAUUGCAUAUGCCAAACCGCCAUAAUGAGGCCUUUUACUUGCCUGAUUGAGGAUUGCUACCUUAACUACAGACGAAAAGACCAUCUGAAUCGUCAUUUGCUUAAGCACCAAGGAAAACUAUUUGAUUGUCCCAUGGAAAACUGUAAGAAAAGGUUUGCUUUUCAAGGAAAUAUGACAAGGCAUGUCAAAGAAAUGCAUGGUGAUGAGUCCUCUGUGGAGGGUGAAAAACAAUAUAUUUGCUCGGAAGUUGGAUGUGGCAAGACGUUUAAGUAUGCAUCUAAAUUGAGGAAGCAUGAGGAUUCACAUGUUAAAUUGGACUAUGUGGAGGUCAUUUGCGCUGAGCCAGGCUGUCUGAAAGCAUUCGCUAAUUCUGAUUGCCUGAAAGCGCAUAUGCAAUCCAGUCAUCGACAUGUUUUAUGUGAGACUUGUGGGACUCAGCAGCUGAAGAAAAACUUUAAGCGUCACCUACGCAUUCAUGAAGGCAAUGUCGAAACUGAGAGGAUUAAAUGCAACUUCCAAGGUUGCCAAUACACAUUCUCAAAUAAAUCAAACCUCAAUAAGCAUAUAAAGGCUGUACACGAAGAGCUUCGGCCAUUCCCUUGUCUAUUCUCUGGGUGUGGUCAAAAGUUCUCUUACAAACAUGUCCGGGAUAAUCAUGAGAAAUCUGGUGCUCAUGUUCAUGUACUGGGUGACUUCUUGGAAGCUGAUGAGAGGUGGAGGUCAAGGCCAAGGGGUGGAAGGAAGAGGAAGGAUUUUUCAGUAGAAAUGCUUAUGCGAAAAAGAGUUGCAUCCCUUGAUCAAGAUUCUGCUGUUAACGAUGGAAUCAACUACUUGAGAUGGUUGCUUUCGGAUGAUCAAUAGAUACGACGAGCUCAAAGUUAUGCCAAAUAUAGUUCAUACAUAUGUACAUGCAUAUAUACCUGCAAAGUUUCUGGUGUCUGUUUUGUGAAAUGUUAAUACUGAAAUGGGCAAGUUAGUUGAAGUCUCUUAAUAUAUCUGUUGUUAAACUAAGCGGCAUUGACAGUCUUUAUUAUCUAAGCUAUUAUUUGAUUA